UAUCAUGAUUACGAUAAGGUAGCAUAAAUCGGCAAUGUACAAAUCAGUUUAGCUGUAGAUAUGUUACAUAAAAUGGUAAACACAACAUGGCUUGCGACUGUGUGGUGCGACUAAAUAGUGAUUCUACUGGUAGUUUUUAUACGGGUGAUAUUGUAACUGGAAUAGUUGUGCUGGAUCUCCAACAGGAUCAAAAAAUUGAAAGUAUAGAUUUUGAAGUAAUUGGAACAAGUAAAGCGCAAUGGACCAGGUCGGCUCCCACAAUACCUUAUAUAAAAUUAUAUUCUCAGAAAUCGAAAAUCCUCAGUAUUGCAAUCCCCAAUAUUUUUAGUGAAGUUAUAUCAGGAAAGACGAUAUCCGCAGGGAUUUAUACGUAUCCAUUUCACUUCGCAUUGCCAGAUGAUCUGCCAUCAACGUUUGAAAGUUCGAUCGCAAAGAUCGAAUACCGCAUUAAAAUAAAAAGUAAACCAUUUUACAAGAUUAAGAAAGUAGUGCCAUUUGUUGUGCUUAACAGUGUUAACGUAAAUCACAUAGACGCAAUGUUGAGGCCAUCCGUCCAUGAAUUUGAAAAAACUUUUAGAGGUUCUGGAAAUUUUUCAAUCACUGUCAAAACGUUGACUGGUUUCGCUCCUAAACAAACCGUGCCAUUUCAUGUGACCUUAUAUAAUGAGAAGAAAGCAAUCGUACAUAAAAUUAAUGUGAAAUUAAUUCAAAAAUUGAAUUACGUAGUUCAAAGUGGAUAUUUUGAAGAAGAGAAAAAAAUGUUUAAAGUGGAAUACAAAAAGUUGACAAACACUGUCUCGGAAACAUGUAAUUUUCAGAUGGAAAUUCCACAGCUAACGCCAUCUAGUAUACAUUUGAUUGAACCCAUGGUCAAUAUUUCCUACGAGUUCAGAGUAGAAGUGAUAUUUCCAUUUCAUUUUACUUUACACGGAAGUAUUCCUGUGACGAUAGCAACAAUUCCUGUUCUCCAUUAUGAUUUUUGAUCAAAUAUAUUUUACUACGAUACCUAAUACUUCUAUAAGUUA